CAGACGCAGAGUCCGCACACCGGGUUCACUGGGACACUCUGCGGCUCGGAGGCGCACCGCGACACGAGAUUCUCUGAUUCAGCCAAGACCCCACAUCUGCACAAACAUGGUGUUCAGAGGGACAAUCACCGAUGCCGCGGACUUCGACCCCACCGCAGACGCAGAGGCCCUGUACAACGCCAUGAAGGGCAUCGGCAGCGACAAAGAGGCCAUCUUGGACCUGGUGACAUCACGAAGCAACGCCCAGAGACAGGAAAUCAUCGCCGCCUACAAGAGCAGCUUUGGAAAGGAUCUGAUCGAGGACCUGAAGUACGAGCUGACGGGGAAGUUCGAAGGGAAGUUCGAGCGUCUCAUCGUGAGUUUGAUGAGGACCCCGCCUUAUCACGACGCCAAGGAGAUAAACGACGCUGUCAAAGGAGCAGGAACAGACGAGAAAUGUUUAAUCGAAAUUCUGGCGUCGAGAAAUAAUCAGCAGGUUCAUGACAUGGUGGAGGCCUACAGAGACGCGUACGGUCGAGAGAUGGAGGAGGACAUCAUCGCCGACACUUCAGGACAUUUUAAGAAGAUGCUGGUUGUUCUGCUCCAGGGGACCAGGGAUGAGUCUGGGGCGGUGGAAGAGGAUUUAGUUGCAGAAGAUGUUCAGGACCUGUACGCUGCAGGAGAGGAGCAGUGGGGCACAGACGAGGCCAAGUUCAUCAUGAUCCUGGGAAACCGCAGUAUUCCUCACCUGCGCAAAGUUUUUGACGAGUAUGAAAAAGCCUACGAGACCAGCAUAGAGGACAGCAUCAAGAGUGAACUGUCCGGGGACUUUGAACGCCUCAUGUUGGCCGUCGUGCAGUGUAUCCGGUCUGUGCCCAUGUUCUUCGCCAAACGUCUUUACAAAUCCAUGAAGGGUCUGGGCACUGCGGACAACACUCUGAUCCGGAUCAUGAUCUGUCGCUCCGAGUUGGACAUGUUGGACAUCAGGGAGUGUUUCCGUCUCCAAUACGAGAAGUCGCUCUACAACAUGAUCAAGGACGACACUUCUGGAGAUUACAAGAGAACUCUGCUCAACCUGUGCGGAGGAGACGACGAUCUGGCUGGAGAGUUCUUCCCUGAAGCGGCUCAAAUCGCCUACAAGAGGUGGGAGAUCAGCUCUAUGACCAAAGUGAAGCUGAGACCCACAGUCGUCCCUGCUUCAGAUUUUGACCCAGCGGCCGACGCCCAGGCCCUGAGGAAGGCCAUGAAGGGCUUCGAUUUCACUUUCACCAGAAUUGGCGCUGGGACAGAUGAACACGCUCUGAUUGAAAUCCUCGUCACUCGAACCAACGAACAAAUCCAGGCCAUGAACGAGGCCUACCUGCACGGUUAUAAAAAGUCUCUGGAGGACGCCAUCCAGUCGGACACGUCUGGACACUUCUGCCGCAUCCUCACCUCGCUGGUCCAGGGAGCGAGAGAAGAAGGUCCUGCAGAUUUGGACAGAGCCGAGGCAGAUGCUCAGGACCUGGCUCAGGCCUGUAACGCCGAGUCUGACGACAUGGAGAUCAAGUUCAUGAGUAUUCUGUGCACCAGGAGCUUCCCACAUCUGCGCCGAGUUUUCCAAGAGUUCGUGAGGUACACCAACAAAGACAUCGAGCAGAUCAUCAAGAAGGAGAUGUCCGGAGAUGUCAAGAACGCUUUUUACGCCAUUGUGUGCAGUGUCAAGAAUCAGCCGUCGUACUUCGCAGAUCGACUCUACAAAGCCAUGAAGGGCCUGGGCACAGACGAUCGCGCUCUCAUCCGGAUCAUGGUCUCUCGCUCUGAGGUGGAUCUGUUCAACAUCAGGAAAGAGUUUAAAGAUACGCACGACGCCUCCCUGCACGACUUCAUCCAGGUAGAAACCAGCAUCGGAGACACUUCGGGAGACUACCGUAAAACUCUGCUGAUCCUGUGCGGAGGAGAAGACUGAACCCGUCACAAUAAAAGCCCCCGUUUAAACCAGUGCUGCUGCCAAAAGGAAGCGACGAGUGGCCUUUCACAAUAAGAGCUUUAUCACGUCCCGUUUGUUUUGUUUUUUUUGUACAAUCCUAACUUUUAUAUGUUUGUUCAUUCUUGUUUAGCUAUGCAGCCAAUAAAAAAAAAAAAAAAAAACGCAGUGCCUCCAACCCAACGUAACUGUGACUGUAGCUGUUCAAAUAUGGAGAAUAAAAGAACCAUGAAACUGUU